UCGAAUUUCCUGGCAAGGAGGACAUUCUUCACCGAACAUAUCUCGGGCGCAAAUAUUGAGGAUGUUAUGUCUAAAAGGAUUUGUGGUAUUGUUGCUUGUCGUUCAACAAAGCAAAGUAGAAUGUACUGACGGCAACAGUACAAAUGAUUUGGACACGAAGCAAACUAAAGGAAACAAUGCGGAAGCUAGUAAAGAUACGUACGAAGUGUUUAUCCAGGUGCAUCUCGACCUUACAGUGAUUACAACAUUUAAAUCGGAUAUUUUCAUAGAAGAGUUAGAAAAUUUCUUAUCUGAACAACAUGGCAUACCGAAAAAAUACAUUUUUAAAGUUAUUAUGGACAUUAAUUAUGAUCAGCAUAUCAAUCCAGGCAUUCACGAUUUAUCGUUUGUAUUGCAACCUGAAAUUCACGAUAUCGAGAAAAAAGUUGAAGUUCUUCGGACAUGUGGUUCUAGUAAUCUAGAUUGUACAGACAUUCCUGUCUUGGGGUUUCUAGUUCGAAUAGUUGCAGUCGAUGUUAUUAACAUUGGAAAAUGGAAUGAUACUAAAGUGAAAACAGGUUUUGAAAUUGGCAUAGAAUACAGCUUCUUGGAAUUUACAGGGCUUUUUGAGGGAAAAAAACAGAUAGCAGAGUUUCUGCAUGAGAUAUUUUUGGUAGCCCCGAGGGAUAUAUACGAUCUUGAAUUAACCGAGGCUGCAGAGGAAAGUGUAUAUGUUAAGUUUUCCUUGCCGCCCAUUAUGAAAAAUAACAUCAUGGCUCUUCUUGCUGAUAUAAAGUCAUUCGUUGAUGCGCCCUGUGUCAGCAACUGUAAACAUGUGCACGAGUUAUCAAGUGAAUGCUCCACCUGCCAAUCUAUACAGUUACAUGGCACCAAUGUUUAUCCGGUUGAUAAAUCGUUUUGGAUAGAAUGGGACACAUGGUCAGGUCAGGAGGAGCGUUUUACAUUGACAGAAAAUAAUGACAAAAACAAAUGCUCGGAACAUCAGGAGGUCUGCAAAGACAAGACGGGUGUGAAAUGUGUUGGGAUUGGUAGAUGUGAUGAGUUUUUUUAUAAGACUGUACAAUUAUACCUGGGUAUUUAUGGUGAUAUCAAUGUCCUUGAUUUCUACGGAUUGGACGAUGCAGCAGAAACUGUGCUCAAUUCCGUUGCAAGUUUUACAGAUAUUUCCUGCAAAUCAGCCCUUAAAUUAUACUUUUCCGAAAAAGCAAGAGCUACAAUGGGUGCGCACCUUGAUGUCGAACCAUUUCCCGAUAGAACAACUAGCUUGCAGAAAAUAGAGGACUUUACUUUGAAUGCCAAAAGUUUACAAUUUGGCAGCUUAACGAUUGAAGCUAUUGAAAAUUCUUAUAGAAAGACAUACGCAGAUAUUGACAAGCCAAUACCAAAAUACCUUGCUAAUUCUGAAUGUUUCGGAUGUCUUGAAAACGAGGUUUGGUGCAUAUUGAUGAAUGCUUCUUUGUGCAUGGAAAAGGUUAAGUGCAUCGAGACUCUUAUUAAGCUACCAAAGUUUGCAAACGAUACUGAUUUUGUGCUUAUUAGUAUUCUUGUGGAAAGUGAUACGGCAGACUUUGUCAUUGACGAAAUAUUUAAGGUAGCCAUCAAACAACAGCUUGCCGAACAAAUUAUGUGUCCAUCGAAUAUAUUAACAAGGGUAGACAUUGUUCACUUAGAACAGUUACAAUAUGAAAUAGGAUUGCAGAUCAACAAUCAAAAUAACCUAACCGAACUUAAAGAGUUCACCAUGAAACUGUACAAGCUCACUGAUACUGGAAUUCUCAAAUUUGUUACUCAGAAUGUGAUACUCACUUCAGUACAGGACAGUUUUUUGUAUCAACAGCGGAUAUAUGGCUACACAAAGGAAGCAGACAAGCAGACAGCAUCGUCAGUAGGGACUGUAAUCAUCGUCGGGGUUAUUCUGCUGUUAGUUUUCAUCGCCCUCUGUUUGACCUUGUCUCUGUCGUUGCGUGCUAGGAUAACUUCUAGAAGACAUGUACAUGGGUAUAAAAUAACUCAAAAGAAGCAAAUAUAGAGGAUGUGAUAAUAGAAACAUUUUGUUUUUAUUCAAAUAACGAUAACUGCUGGAUCAUCCCUCUUAUAAUGAACUUAUUCUGACAGUCUCAACGAUUUUGAUUUUCUUUUAUUGAACAUAUAGAUGUGUAUUCUUCAAUGACUAAAAAUAUAAAACAUAACAAAAGUGGAGUGUUUCUUUCUCUUUGCUAUGUAUGCGGGUUAAGUGAAUAAAUGCUUGGGACAAAGCUAAACAAUAACUCUAAUAAAGACAAAAAAAAAUUCAAACUGAACGAUAAUGGCAUUCAAUUUCAUGAAAACGACAAAACCGGUGUUUAAUAUAUGUGAACGAUAUUGCUGAAUAAGUGUAACAAGACUUUUUGCUGACGAUAGCUCUUUAUUCGUUUCCUCUAACGAUCUAAAUUACAUUGAAAGUACUCUUAACUCCGACCUUGAGAAAUAAAUUGUCUAAACAAUGGUUGGUUAUUUUUAAUCCAAAUAAAACAGCAGUUAUGUUUUUCUCCCAAAAUCAUUGAAUCAAACCUUCGUUAUUUUUUUAUAAUAUCUCUCAAGAUUUCGUUGAUAAUCACAAACAUUUAGGAUUAACUCUUUCUUGCGACUUGAAAUUGCACGAAUAUAUUAAUAAUAUUUCAG